AUGAAUCAAAUAAAAGAAAACAAAGAUGAAUCAAAAAAAAUACCCAAGUUUAGUAGUUUUAAAGCACAUCUACGAAAGGCACAGGAUGUUCUACGUAAAAAGUACGAGAAACGGAUAUUAUUAGAUGAGUUAAAACAUAAGGAAUUAUUCAGUGAAGAUGAGAAUAAUGAAAUUAAUCUUUAUGAAACAAAACAUAAAAAGACAAAAACAGAAAAAAACAAACUUUUUAUUAGUGAUUUGUCGGGAGAUAUUAAUAAUGUAAUAUAUGGCAAGAAUGAUCGGUAUUCUAUACCAUACUAUCGAAGAUCAGGAGAUGGGCGUGUUAUUGGAUGUGAAGAACACAUAAGAUUGCGUGUUUGUCCAGAAAAUCCUAAUGAAAUUGUUUUAUUUUCAUUUUUAAACUACAAUAAAUAUCAGAAAGAGAUUAUUUUAGUACCAGAUCAAAACAUUGAAUCAGAAGAAGGAAAUGAAAAAUCUUUACUCUUCAACGAAAUAAAAGACCAAGAAAACUAUAUUCCUUUUGAUAUAAAAACUUCGGAUACUACUAUCACAAAGAAUUCAGAAAUAAAUUUAAACUACGUAGACUCUGACUCUACUCAAAUAAUAAAUGAUGCACAAGAUACAUUGAACAUAUGGAAAGAGGGUGAUCCUCAAUUAGAAAUAAAAGAGCUUUCGAAAAAAAUCGAAGCAUCACCAUUGGAUUAUAAAUUAUGGUUAGAAUUAGUUGAUAAGCAAGAUAAAGCAUUGCAGAUGGAUCAAAAUAAAAAUUCUAAGGCAGAAAAAAUAUCUAUUGGUGAUGUUAAAGUUAAAAUAUUAGAAAAGGCAUUAUCAUAUUCUCCUGAUAACGAAGAUCUUCUUUUAAAAUAUAUUUCUAUAAUAACUUUAAUUUGGGAGCCUAAAAAAGUAGAAGCUAAAUGGGAUGAAAUUUUGAAAAAAACCUUAAGUUUAUCUCUUUGGAAAAAAUACUUAAAUUUUUUUCAAACCAAUUCAAUAUCUUUCGCAUAUAAUAAAUGCCUCGAAAGAUUUCAAAAUAGCCUUCAGACUCUUAAAGAAGCAUCAAAAAACGAAAAAUGCCCUUUAAAAAAAGAAAAUAUAGAAAAAAUCAUAUUAUAUAUUCUUGUUCGUUUAUGGUUUUAUAUGAAAGAAGCAGGAUAUGCAGAAAAUUCUAUUGCUUCUAUUCAAGCAUUAAUUGAAUUUAAUUUUUUUAGACCAGAUACAUUUUCAUAUGAUACUUGCUACACUGAUUAUUUACGAGAAUUUGAAGAGUUUUGGGAAAUGGAAACUCCUAGAUUUGGAGAAAAUGAAGCCAAAGGAUGGAAAAACUAUUAUAAUACUUCUCAAAAUAUAAUUUUACCUAAAAACGAUUCUAUCUUAUUUUCUAAUGAUGAAAAUAUAUACGAAAACAUUGAAGAUAAAUAUGUUUUAUGGUGUAAACAAGAAAUAUAUAAAAGUUUGUCGAUGAAUCCAAAAAAGUCGACUGAUACAAGUGACAAAAAUGACCCAUAUUCAGUAAUUUUAUUUUCUGAUAUCGAACAAUUACUAUACUUUUUUACAUCGGAUAAAAUACGUUUAAAUUUAAUUUAUUUUUCUCUUCACUUUUUAGGAUUCUCACUAUAUAGAAUGAACAAAACAUCUAGUGACCCACUUCUUUUGGAUUCAUUUGUACAUGAUUUUUCAUUCAUUAAUUCAUUCGAUUGGCUCUGGUUAAACAAUUAUAGAUCAUCCGAAUUAUCUAACGAAAAUACUACUAAUUCUAAUUAUAUACUAAAACGUUCAGGAAACCCUAUACAAUUUAAAUUAAAAAACUGGCCAAUAACUAUCGAUACUCUUUUUUCAAUAGAUAAAACCUGGUAUCAAAAUUUUAAUUUUGAAGAAUUUCAAAAAGAUUUUAUAAAAAGAUAUUUUGAACAAUUAGAAAAUAUAGUAAAUGAUGAUACAUUUUCAAUAUUGCAUCUUUUAUUUCAAAACUAUUAUUCUCCAUCAGAGCAACCAUCAAAUAUAAAAUUAUGGUGUGCAUAUGCUCAACUAGAAUAUCUUAAUGGAAAUAUACAAGAAACGAGAAAAAUUUUCUUAAAUGUAUUAGAAAAUAUUAAACCAGAUCAUACUGAAAAAUUUCAUGAUUAUGUUGUCGCUUAUAAAUUAUGGGCAGAAAUAGAAAUGAAAAAUAAUGAAAUUAACAAUUCAAUAAAAAUACUUAUUUCUAUGGUAGAGAAUGAAGUAAACAUUAAAACUAUAUUGUCUAAUAAUGGAAAAACAUACUCAAAUUCUAUAUUAUUAAAAGCUCAAAAGUCUUUUCAACAUUUAAAUAGAUUGGCUUUAUCUUUUAAAAAUUAUAAAAUGCUCCGUUUAUAUACAGAAUGUUAUGCAUUGCUAAUUUAUUUAGUUAAAUCACUAGACAGUGCAUUAAAAGUAUAUUGUCAAGCAAAAAAUGAUUUUAAUGAUUAUACUAAUUCAGAUUCUAUUGAAUAUGAGCAACUUUUAAUUUCAGAACUGAAAUUACUUUAUUAUUCUUCACAAACAGUUAAAACAUUUAAAAUUUCAAUUAUUCAAAAUAGAGUAGAAAAUGCGUUAUCUAAAUUUCCUAACAAUUGUAUAUUUUUGUCAAUAUUUUUAUGGGUAGAAGCAAAAUCAUUACUCAAAACAAAAAUUUAUCAUUAUUUUGAAAAAAAUAUAUUUAAAGCCGAAGAACCUUCUUUUAUUGUUUUCCUUUCUGCAAUCUGGGCAGAACUAUAUAUUAAUCCUUAUAAAAUUAACAUGUAUCCAAUAAGAAAUUUAUUUGAAAGAGCAGUAGAAAAUCAAGCAACAAGAUCCGAUUUAAUAAUAUGGAGAUUAUAUAUUCAAUUCGAAAUACAGUACGGAACAUUAGAUAAAGGAAAAGCAAUUUUUUAUAGAGCGAUUAGAGAUUGUCCAUGGUCAAAAAAUCUCAUGUUUUUUGCAUUUAAGGAUUUACGAUCACAGUUUAAUUCAGAAGAGUUAACAAAACUCUAUAAUACUAUGAUUGAAAGAGAAUUUAGAAUUUUUGUAGAUUUAGAAAUUACAGAAAAUAACCAAGAAAUGACUCAUUCCCCCUUAAUAAAGCUCCCGCAGGACAUAAGCAGUGAUGAAACAAUCUAG